UUUUCAUUGAUAAAGGUGUAAAUUGUUUAAUUUCAUACAUUAAUAACCCGACAAGUCUUCUCCUAUUCAUAUAAACAGUUACGUUGGAAUUUUCAGGCUUAUUCUUUGAAUGUCAAGCAAAAGGUUUUCAUUCCGCAAGUUUGAAACACUAAACUGAUAUAAAGUUGUUGUUUUAACUGUUUAUUGGAUAAUUCAACUACCAAGUUUUAGCUAAUCUAUCACAUAACUAUGUCUUUUAGACGAUUUUCCUGUUUUCUAUACAUGCUUUGUCCGUUCAUCGUGCAAGCUGUUACCAAAGAUAUCACGUGUCCUGCCUCAUGUGAAUGUGAAACUAUCUUUGGCGCAAAGGAAGUAGAUUGUUAUAACCUCACUGAUUUUCCAUCAAAUAUUCCUGAGGACACCAAUUACCUAGAUUUAAGUGGGUGUAAUAUAUUCCACAUUCCUAUUCAGCCACUGGAAAAGCUCUUCAAAUUACAAAGGUUCGCCUUUCAGGAAAUAAAUACAAAUGAGGAUAAUUACAAUCUAAGGGCCCUGAACUUACCACUCCUGAAUGAAAUAGUCGUCGAUGGCGGCGUUUCAACUUCUAUCCCACAACUGUUACCACCUUAUAUUAGUACGCUUAGCGUAGCAGAAAACAAUCUAGGCACUCUAAAGUCUGGUAGCUUUAGAAACUAUCCAAACUUAGAUUCGUUAUUUUUGUCGGACUGUAUGUUAACGAAAUUAGAAUCUGGUGUGUUGGAUGAUAUUCCAUCUCUUUCAUUACUUCAGUUUAAUGACAACAAUCUAAACGAAGAUAGUUUUCCUUUGGACGUAUUCAAGAAAAACCAAGCACUUGAGUCUGUUUCAUUUUUUGAUAAUGAAUUGAAACACGUAGUGUCCAAUCUUCCAAGUUCUGUUACAAGUGUCGAUUACAGCGGCAAUGCCAUUUUUGAGCUUAGAGCUUAUGACUUUAAAUCUACACCGAAACUGAUAUACUUAUCUUCAACAAAAUAUGGUAUGAAAAUUACUGUUAUGUGA